AUGUCUACCGCUGGGCCUUCUCAAAUCAAUGGCGAUAUCCCUUCAAUUCGCGUUUUCACCAUGAAUUGCUGGGGACUCAAAUACAUCGCCAAGCACCGAGAGGCUCGACUCAAUGAGGUCUCGCUUCGUAUAGCUCGCGCGUCACCUUCAUUCGAUAUUGUCGCUCUUCAAGAAUUUUGGGUUUAUGCCGAUUAUGGGAACCUACGUACAAAGACCUCGUCGAUUCUGCCCUAUGGGAAAUUCUACUUCUCAGGAGCUAUUGGCGGUGGAUUGGUAAUUCUUUCCAAAUGGCCGAUUGAGCAGAGCAGCAUGUUCGGGUACCCGCUCAAUGGACGGCCAACCGCGUUUUGGAGAGGAGAUUGGUAUGUUGGGAAAGGUGUCGCUUGUGCUGCUGUGCGACAUCCCAGCGGGAAGACCAUCGAUAUUUUUAAUACACAUCUACAUGCACCUUACGAAAAGAACGAUUCUUAUUUGUGUCACCGUACUGCCCAAGCGUGGGAGAUUGCAAAGCUGCUCCGUGGAGCUGUUCAGAAAGGGCAUAUCGCGAUUGGGUUGGGUGAUUUCAACAUGAUUCCGUCGUCUCUGGCUCACCGAAUCAUAUCAACUCAUGGCCUUGUCUCUGACAGCUGGCUGUCCGCUAAUCCAACAACCCCAUCUAUCACUCCCCCAAAGACUAAUGCAAAGACAAAUAUUGAGGUGCUCGGUGCAACUUGUGACAGUGUUCUCAAUACAUGGCGCAUGAGCACGCCGACUCUACCGCCCCCGGAGACUGAGGACCCAAAGGGGAAGCGCUUAGACUACAUCUUCCAUGCACCACGUUAUUCCUCUGUUCAAGACAUCAGGAUUGGGAUGACGGAACCUAUGUCAAUGCCGUCACAAAAAGGUGGCAAGGGUGGCGCAGGUGGCUAUUGUUCUUUGAGUGAUCAUUUUUCCGUAGAGGUUACACUUUCUCUCGCACCGAACCAACAACAGCAAAAUGCUCUUGCUGAGGCAAGGAAUCCGGACCUUGUUUCGAAUUCAACAGAAAACGAGCAAUACCUGCCGCCCACCAUAAUAGACGAAAUUCUGGAACUUGUUGCGAAAUACACAAAAAGGGAGAAUUUUGAAUAUCAUUGGAGGCUAUACCAUUUUUGGGGAUCUCUGGUGGCUCUUGUAGGGCUCCACGUGGGAGUUUGGUGGAGUCCACACAAUGGGGUUUCUUUUGCCUUAAUGUUUGUUGCGUGUGCAGUCGCAGUCACUGGUGGUUUAGAUGGAUUGAUUGGAUUCUUGUUUAUGGGUAGCGAGCUAAGAGCACUAAAGGAAUUCGAGGAGGAGUUGAAAAUGUACCGACAUCUUGCUGCUAAGGCCCACGGAGCUAGUAGCUCUAGGUCACACGUGUCAGGGUCAAAAGUAGCAUUAGUUACUAACGGGGCUACCGAGGGUACGUUCCGUUCUUCGAAUAGCGCCGAUGAGGUGAGGAUUGACAUUCAUGAAUCUGUAUAGUGGAUGUUUGACUAGUUCGUGUUUGAGUUAUUUGGUGCCCUAUUCACCUGUUGCUAACUAGGAUAUA